AUGCAUUAUAGAUGAUAUCCACCAAGCAAAGCAGACGCAAAGGAUGAUCCGAUGAUAUUUACUUUCUACCUGUAGCCGAGUUAACAGGAUUUAUUGAACGAAGAUAUUAAGCAAAAAGGUGAAAACAUGGCCAAAUUAAAUGGAACAGUGACUGUGAAUGCAUCAGAAGUGGAAGAUGAAAAAUGUGAUACUGCAUUACUUGGAAAGCAUAAUUACACGUUGCCCAGUUUCCGAUAUACCAAUAUUUUCAUCACUAUUGUUAUUAUUGAUGGAAUGAUAUCUUGCCUUUUGUGGUUAACAGGUGGUCACUCCAAAUAUUUUGUGGACAACAUUGUAGAUUUCCAUUUCAAGGAGUCUGUCUUUGACUUGGCUCUUCUGACUGCCUUGAAGACAGUUGUAAUUGUGACGGUUUUACCAAUCUUAGAAAACAAAGCUUAUGAACAGAUAGACAGUCCAUACAACAAUGGCUUGCGCACACAGUGUAUUAUUUUGCACAGUGUUUUGAAAUUGACUUUCCUGGGAUCUCUUGCAUUUUCUGUAGUGAAAGGAGGAUUGGUAUUGAACUGUAUAUUGAAUGAUGAACAAUAUGAAAAAAUGCAUGUAACUUACAAUGUCUUAGUCAUAUCAUCAGUGUCUUUCAGUGUUUUAGAGUCUCUCCUUAGUUUAUUUAGUGGUCAUGCAAUGAGGAGGCUGAAAAUAGUGAGAAUUCUGCACAGAUUUAAUGAUAAAGGACAGGAGGUGGAUAAGGAAGGAAAGCCCAUUAAAAAGCAGGUGGAUAUCAAAAGACUGGUGAUGCUUGCCAAACCUGAGUGGGGAAUCCUCCUAGGUGGUUCUUUGGGACUCCUCAUCUCCAGUGGGGCACAGACAGCUGCCCCCCUCUUCUUUGGUGCAGUGGUAGAUGCUGCUCAGAAAAGCAUGGAUGAACUUACUAAUACAGUGUUGAUUUUGGUGCUGAUUUAUGUUGCUUAUGCAAUAUUUGCCGUGAUUCGGUCCUGGCUUUUCACUCUAGCAGGACAGAGGCUGGUAGCCAGACUGAGGAAACAUUUGUUUCAUCAUAUUAUCCAGCAAGAGGUUGCCUUCUUUGACACCAAUAGGACUGGUGAGCUUUGUAAUCGACUGGCAUCAGACACACAGGUUGUUCAGAAUGCAGCCACGGUGAACGUGUCUAUGCUGGUGCGGUACACUCUGCAGAUGUUGGGUUCUCUGGUCCUAAUGUUUUAUCUUAAUGCUGCCCUAACAGGAGUACUGCUGGCAGUUGUUCCUAUCGUCUCAAUUAUUUCCGUGCAGUAUGGGAAGUUUGUGAAGAAUAUGAGACAGAAGUUUCAGGACCGUUUAGCCGAUGCAGGAACUCUGGCUGAGGAAAACAUUAGCAGUUUAAGAACUGUCAGAUCAUUUGCUGGAGAAACAAAAGCAUCCAGCUUAUACGGUGCUGAAGUAGAUAAAAGCUACGAAGUAGGAAAAAAACUAGCAGUAGCAUAUGGUGCAUUUGAGGGUUUGGUGGGUAUUUUGGCUUAUGGCUCAAUAGCUAUGGUACUGUGGUAUGGUGGAAAGCUUGUGUAUGACAACACCCAUGGCGAACACACUGGACUAACUCCUGGUGUGCUAACUUCUUUUCUCCUGUACACCUUACAAGUGGCUAUGGCAUUUGCUUUGAUGUCUGCCCUGUAUGGAGAUUUUAUGCAGGCAGUGGGAGCCUCUAUACGGAUCUUUGACCUGUUAGACAGAAUUCCAGAUGUACCAACAGAAAAUGGCGAAGUCCUUUAUGAAAUGAGUGGACGAGUCGAGUUCCAGAACGUUUUUUUCACCUAUCCAUCAAGGCCAGAUACUCAAGUUCUUAAGGGCAUCUCUUUUAGUGUAGAGCCAGGUGAAAUGGUUGCCUUGGUAGGACCCAGUGGUGGGGGUAAAUCUACCAUUGUAAACCUAAUAGAGAGGUUUUAUGACCCAGAUUCAGGAAACAUACUGCUAGGUGAUGUUGAGCUGAAGACAUUAGAUCCUCAGUGGUUCCGUAAGAAGGUGUCCAUGGUCAGUCAAGAACCAACACUGUUUGCUUCUUCAAUAAAGGAUAACAUUGCCUAUGGAUGCAAUGCAACAGACCACGAGAUAGAGGAAGUUGCUAAACAAGCUAAUGCACAUGAAUUUAUCUGUACCUUUGAGGAGGGAUACAACACUUUGGUGGGAGAGAGAGGAGUUCGUCUGUCUGGGGGACAGAAACAGAGGAUUGCCAUUGCAAGAGCUCUUAUUAUGAACCCUGUGCUCCUGUUACUGGAUGAGGCCACUAGUGCUCUAGAUGCUGAGAGUGAGCAUUUAGUUCAGGAAGCUAUAGACCGAGCCAUGAAGGGAAGAACUGUGAUUGUUAUAGCUCACCGACUGUCAACUGUCAGGAAUGCCUCCAAGGUGGUGGUCAUUGACAAAGGAGGGAUAGCAGAAAUGGGAUCCCAUGAUCAAUUACUAGCCAGGAAUGGGGUCUAUAAACGCUUGGUGCUGCGUCAGUUGACUGCAGGCUCUUUGAAUAAGCCAUUAGAAUGUGAGGAGGAACAAGACAAUUCUUCCUAAUUUGUAUUGAAUGUUAGAAAAUUCCUUUUAUGUUUAUAUAUAUUAUAUAUAGAUAGGUAAAUUCUAAAAAUGACCAACGACAUGAACAAUUACAUGUAGAUUGUUGAUCAUUUUAGUGCUUUUUAUAAUUCUUAUAUUUGACCUUAUAUCCACAUUGUGGAUCCAACACCGAUAGGUAUCAGGUGUUGCUGGAACUCAGUGCUCUAUAUAAUGUGUGUGUGGGGGGGAGGGGGGAUUUCUCUGUGCUUUACAUUGUAUUUUAUGCGUGCAUGGUGUAUGUGUAGGAGAAUCUAGGGAUUGAUCCUUGGAAUUAAAUAAGGGCUCAAAUGAGGGACUAAGUAGCCAAAUAAUUAUGUAUUUGAUGUACAAUAUUUUGAAUUAUCUUAGUUUAAGCACCAGGCCUACCCAUAAAGCUAAAUGUGCAGUAUUAAAUGGAUAUCAUAGAAGGAAUAAAAAGUAUAUAUUUUUCAUCAAUAUAUACAAGUAGGGGUGCAAUGAUAGGAUUGCAUCACUAUACGAUACGUAUCACGAUACAGACCUGAUGAUACGAUACUUAUCACAAUACAGCACUUUUUUAAGAUGCUAUUAAUAAUAAUAAAUGAACAAUUACACUACUAUCGGUAUCAUUCAAUUACACCUUACUAUUACAACUGCAUGUUUUUUCUUUAAAAAGAUCAAAACAUCAACAUGAUCUAACGUUAUCUUUCAUUGCAUGGAAUCCAAAAUGCUCCCAUAUUGGAGAUUUAUGGGUCACAGUGGGAAAAAUAAUUCAGCGGAACAGUUGGCACCAUGUUUUCCAUUACUGCAAGCCAUUUUUACAACAUAAAUUUAAAGCCAAAUUGGAUGGUUCAAAUUAAUCCGGACCGAGAAUACCGAACUACGGUAUAGUGUAAAGUAUCAUGAAUGGAACCGUAGCAUAAUAUUACCGUGAUAUACCAUCUCACGGUUAAUCGUUGCACCCUCAUCUACAAGUUAUACGCUAGAUGUAAAUGCUGCAAUUGAACUUGAUCGUAUGAAAAAUUCAUCAAGCUAACCUAUUUAGUUAUUCUCAGAUUCAGAUAUUGAACACCCUAUUUUGAAAUAUCUAUGAUCAUGUGAUGUCGCAAGCUGAAUUUAAAAAGUAAACAAUUAUAUGGCAAUGUAAAAGCAUGAAUAUGUAGGCUGUUAGCAAGUGUGUGCUAGGAAAGAUAGUUAGUCAAACGGGAAACGGGGUAGAAAGAACCACUGUUUUAAUAUUAUCAUUGCACAUGAUUAGCUUUAACGCUCCAAGAUGAUUGAAACCUUAGAAUUCACAAGAUUCCCUUUAACAAAGAUCAGCUCUACACUAAAAUCUGUGAAAUUUGGUCAGUAUCUGAAAAGAGAUUAAAAUUGUUCAUAAGUUUAUGAAUGACAGACAGGAAUAGAUCUCAACAGGUCAUCGGAGCAACUUGUGUAAUCUGAAACUGAAAACAUUGGAGGCAUAACUGUGGAAGGCAUUUAUUGUUCAUCGAUUAUUACAAAAAUGACUCACUUUAUGUUACAUAAAAAUCACUACUAAUAUAUUUGUUGUAAUUUAGAAUAAAGUUUCCAUUUGUUUUCAUAGAAUCAAUGGCUGAAACACUAAUAUGUGGAUUGCAAAGAAAUUUUACAUAAUUUUCCCCAAAUUUUGUUACACUUUCUUAUCUAUUCACAAUCUACAGAUCAGCAGUCAACACGUAAACCUAUUGAGCUACUCAGCUAGGCAAUUAAAUUAAAAAGAAACCUACAAGUAUAGCCCAUUCUUAUUUUCAUUCAUGUUUCUAGAGGAAGUCAGCCCUAAUGAUGAUGUAUUUCAGCAUUUCAACCUUGGCUCAGAAUUUAAAAUGUUCUUUACUCCUUAUUGACUGCUGUAAUGAUAAGAAUGAAAAUUUCUAUGUUGACAGCAAUGCAUAUAAUUUAUUUAUUUAGUAUAUAUAUAUAUAUAUAUAUAUAUACAUCUAAUAUUUAUACCGAUACGUCUUUCAAUGGCUGUGUUAUUAUUGACCAAUAUGCGCAUGUAAUUUUUUUUUCAUUUAUUCAAUUAUGUUAUUGAAUUAGAUGUAUCCAUAAUCAUUGAAAAUGGAAUUGAAAUGUUAUAUUGAUUAGAAAAGCAAGAGCAUUUUAGAAUUUCAAUAUGCAAUGGUUUGUCCAAAUUACUAGUAGUAAAGUUGGUUUUACAAGGGAGGCUACUGUAUUAGUGCUAAUGUUGUAAAUUGAAUGCAAGGGCUUGCAUUUCAGCUAAAGGAAAAUCACUAUAAAGCAUUGUUUGAGUUAAAGAAAAUUUUUAUGGGCAGUUUUUGUCUGUUUACCAUAAAUCAUAUGUAUAUGCUAAAUUUUACCUUGACCAAUUCAUAUCCAUUAUGAAAAUACAUAUAACUUAUUUUGUGUGGUGAUUUUAAUGUUUUGUGUGGUAAUUUUUAUGUUUUGAUUUUUAAGUGAAUAAAAAGUCAAAAUUAAAAA